AAGGAGAGUGUCCUUAGGAUAUUUUUUUUGGAAAUGGAUUCAGAGUCCUGUAACCGAGCUUUCUCCCAGGCCCGCAUAUAUCUUGAACAAAUUCGAAGCCGGGUUGCACCAGGGAGUAUUGACAUACAUGGUCCUGGGAAGCGUGACUACCUGGUGGAUGCAGCUAAGCAGAUCCGCCUGGCUCUGGAACGGGAUGUAAGUGAGGACUAUGAAGAAGCAUUCAACCACUACAAGAACAGUGUGGAUGUGCUGCUCAGUGGGGUGCAAGUGGAUCCUAACAAGGAGCGCCGUGAAGCCGUGAAGAGGAAGAUCACCCAAUAUCUAAAGCGGGCAGAGGAAAUCUUCAACUGCCACCUACAACGUAAUUUGGGGAGUGGCAAUUCCACUGAAACGGGUUACAGCAGUCUUCGCUUUCGUCCGAUAAGGACGCUCUGCACUCCAGUGGAGAAUCUCAAGCACUGUAAAGUAGUGGGAAUAAUUGAUAAGGUGCAAAUAGUGCAGGAUCCGGCUACUGGGAACACCUUUAUAUUGAAGAGUAUCCCCAAAUCCUACAUGGAGACCCGGGAAAGACAGACCAUCAUCCCUCAUGGAAUCCCCUUUAUGACAGAAUUAUUGCGCUAUUCUGUAAGUAAGGAUUCCAUCUUCCUCCACUUGGAACAUGUGAAAGGAGGAAACCUCUGGUCAUAUCUUCGCUCCCAUCAUGGUUCUGCCUCUGUCCGUUCUCCCUUGCUGAGUCCAAAGCUCACUUUGGAUUUUGGGUAUAUCAGGGAAGAGGAGCACAUAGAAAACCUUCAUGAAACUGGUUCUGACUCCCAGCAGAGCUGCAAGAUCUAUCCCAAAAACGGCAAAAUUCCUGUAUCUGUAAAUCGUCCCCUGUUGAAAAAAAUGGAUUGUUUGAUGCCUGUGAAACAUUCAUCCAGCCACCUUUCUUCUAGAACCUCAAGUGACCACAGAUGGCAUACUGAAAAGGCAGGUGGACCAUGGAAGAAGAAUCUAAGCACAACCCAUCCCUUUCCUGGUGCUACAGAAUCUACAAGCAAAACAGUACCUCAAGAACCUAAUCACUCAGGCAGUCAGAGACUGACUUUCAGAUCCUGUGAUUCAUUUAUGACAAUUUAUGGCAUUGGAAAUGUGUCUGGAAAAGAGACUCUUCAGCUAGAACCAAAGCCACAAACAGGUGAAAGAUUUAGCCACACUGCCCUAGAGGUAACAAGAGGAUACAACAAAUCAAAGGCAGAAAAUCCAUGGCAAAACCAGUUGUAUCCUGGAACUCUUGAAGAGGACAACAGAGAGAAGAUAGAAGCAAGAGAAGAAGACACUUUCAUGCAGAGGUUACCAACUCUUGAUCACAAAGAUUUCAAAACCCAAUCAACAAUAGGAUGGCAUGAAUCUUCAGUGGAACCAGUUGCCCAAAGCCAUACCCCUGUCAGUUGGGUCAUAAAUGAGGAGCAGAUCCAAGUUUGGGCAGCUGAAUUGAUUUUGGCUCUGGAAGGUCUCCACCAACAGGGAAUCUUGUGCCAGGAUCUCAACCCACGAAAUUUGCUUUUAGACGAUACUGGUCAUCUCCGUCUCACAUUCUUUGGCCAGUGGAGUGAGGUUGAGCCACAGUGCAGCAGCCAAGCAGUAGAAGAUUUGUAUUGUGCUCCAGAAGUGGGUGGAAUUUCUGAACUGACAGAAGCCUGUGAUUGGUGGAGUUUUGGAGCGCUGCUUUAUGAAUUAUUGACUGGAGUGUCUUUAUCACAGAAUCAUCCCUCAGGGAUUCAUCCAUACACCCAGAUCUAUCUUCCAGAAAAGCUCAGCCAAUCUGCUUCAUCGCUGCUCUCAGAGCUGCUGCAGUAUGAUCCUAAGCAACGUUUGAACUCUGGUGAAAAUGGUGCAAGCAAGAUUAAGUCACACAUUUUUUUCAGUUCGAUUCAAUGGAAUAAGAUGGUUGCAAACUAAGUUCUAAAUGCAAGGGAAGGUGGAAGAAAUAUGCUUGGUGGACCAAAUAGAACCAAGUUGAGUAGUUCAUCUGUCGAAUUGUGCUCCAGAUGAUCCACGUCCAUUGAAAAGCACUUGCUCCUAUAAGCUGAAUGAAUCUGAGACACUGGCACUUGCUGUCACUUAGGGAAGAAACCACACAAUUUGGCUGGGAACUCCAUGCUCAAAAGAACACAUCUGCUCUUUUCUUUUUCCUACUUGUGUGCCAGCAGCAGUGUCAUAAAAAUCAUAGGCACUUCAAGUUUCCUGUAAGGCAGUGAUGACCAAUUUGGAUCCCUAAAGAUGUCCAAUGUAACCCAAAUAGAAACUGAAGUCAAGCAUCCUUGCAAGUUCUGGUACUUCAAAGACAAAAUCUGAUGUGCCUUCACAAUAGUAUAAGUAAGGUCUUCUUGUUUUAUCCUACUUGAUAGAUUCCUCCCCCCAAACCAAAUAUGAGUAGGAGAUAAACUUUCUACUGUAUUUUCUCUUUCCAUAUCUCAUGUUUAGUUCAACUUUCAGAGGAUUCUCUUAACUUUGUCUUGCAUAUAUUCGCCCUAUAAAAUUUUCAUAUUUUUCACCCCAUUUUUUAUUUGAAGCAUGUUACAACUUUACAGGUUGGUUAUGCAUUUUCAUGAAUGUACCACUAGAUGGAUAUUUUCAGUAACUUUUAUGUGCCAUGUAUUUCCCCUUCAAAAAUGUGACUUCUUUAUAGAUCUGACACCACCUUUUACCUGGCAAGAAAAUGAGCAAAAGACUACUCUUUGGACUUCUGUGGAUUAUCCCUUGUUUUGUCUCUUAACUAUUGUAACAUCAAUAAAACAACUGGAGCACAA